AUGAAGUUCGGCAGCAUCCUCAUGGCCGGCGCCGCCGCCGCCGUGCCCUUCAUGGACCUCGAGCCCCGCCAGGCCAUCGCCAACAUCGACAGGAUGAUGAAGGAGAAGGGCAAGCUCUACUUCGGUACCUGCGCCGACCAGUCUCUCCUCAGCAACGCCCAAAACACGGGCUGGGACCAGAUCAACAAGGCGCAGGACUCGUACAACUGGCAGCCCGCCGACUUCCUCGUCGACUACGCCGUCAAGAACAACAUCACCAUCCGAGGCCAUACCCUCGUCUGGCACUCCCAGCUCGCUGGAUGGGUCAACAACGUCCGCGACAGGACCCAACUCACCAAGGUGAUUGAGGACCACGUUGCCGCCGUCGUCGGCAGGUGGAAGGGCAAGAUCCGAGCUUGGGAUGUCGUGAACGAAAUGUUCAACGAGGACGGCUCCCUCCGCCAGUCCGUCUUCUCCAACGUCCUCGGCGAGGACUUUGUCAAGAUUGCUUUCGACGCUGCCCGCAAGGCCGAUCCCGAUGCGAUCCUUUACAUCAACGACUACAACCUCGACAGCCCGACCUACGCCAAGACCACCAACGGCAUGAUCAACCACGUCAAGAAGUGGCUCGCCGCCGGCGUCCCCAUUGACGGCAUUGGGCCAUCUCACCCCGGCCAAGCCGGCGCCCACGUCGAGGCCCUCAAGGCCCUCGCCGCCACCGGCGUCAAGGAGGUCGCGACCACCGAGCUCGACAUCCAGCAGGCCCCCGCCGCCGACUUCGCCACCGUCGUCAAGGGCUGCCUCGGCAUCGAGACCUGCGUUGGUGUCACCGUCUGGGGUGUCCGCGACCCCGACUCGUGGCGCGCCAGCACCAACCCUCUCCUCUUCGACGGCCAGUACAACCCCAAGGCCGCCUUCACCGCCAUUGCCCAGGCGCUCCAAGGAUAA